UCGCGAGGCUGUGAGCAGCCACAGUGCCCUGCUCAGAAGCUUGGGGCUCGUCAGUCAAGCCAGUUCUCUCUCCCAUCGCACUCGGAAGACUGGGUGGGUGAGUGGCCCUUAGUUCUGAGAGCAGAGCAACAGCACCCCAGUCCUGGUCUUCUAGUUCCAAGCCCCCCGCUGCCUGCCCGGCGCCAGCAUGGCCACCAUCACCUGCACCCGCUUCACGGAAGAGUACCAGCUCUUCGAGGAACUGGGAAAAGGAGCCUUCUCGGUGGUGCGCCGCUGUGUGAAGGUGCUGGCUGGCCAAGAGUACGCUGCAAAGAUCAUCAAUACCAAGAAGCUCUCGGCUCGAGACCACCAGAAGCUGGAGCGUGAGGCCCGCAUCUGCCGCCUGCUGAAGCACCCCAAUAUCGUCCGACUCCAUGACAGCAUCUCUGAGGAGGGACACCACUACCUGAUCUUCGACCUGGUCACAGGUGGGGAGCUGUUUGAGGACAUCGUAGCCCGGGAGUACUACAGUGAAGCUGAUGCCAGCCACUGUAUUCAGCAGAUCCUGGAGGCUGUGCUGCAUUGCCACCAGAUGGGGGUGGUCCACCGGGAUCUGAAGCCGGAGAAUCUGCUUCUGGCCUCCAAGCUCAAGGGCGCAGCAGUGAAACUGGCGGAUUUCGGCCUAGCCAUAGAGGUGGAAGGGGAGCAGCAAGCCUGGUUCGGGUUCGCAGGGACACCUGGAUACCUCUCCCCAGAAGUUCUGCGCAAGGACCCAUAUGGCAAACCUGUGGAUCUGUGGGCCUGUGGGGUGAUCCUAUACAUCCUACUGGUUGGGUAUCCCCCAUUCUGGGAUGAGGACCAGCACCGCCUGUACCAGCAGAUCAAAGCCGGCGCAUAUGAUUUCCCAUCUCCAGAAUGGGACACUGUCACCCCAGAAGCCAAGGAUCUGAUCAACAAGAUGUUAACCAUCAAUCCCUCCAAACGCAUCACAGCUGCCGAGGCCCUCAAGCACCCCUGGAUUUCUCACCGCUCCACAGUGGCCUCCUGCAUGCACAGGCAGGAGACCGUCGACUGCCUGAAGAAAUUCAACGCCAGGAGAAAACUGAAGGGGGCCAUUCUUACCACCAUGCUGGCCACCAGGAACUUCUCAGGGGGCAAGAGUGGAGGGAACAAGAAGAACGAUGGUGUGAAGAAAAGAAAGUCCAGUUCCAGCGUUCAGUUAAUGGAAUCUUCAGAGAGCACCAACACUACCAUCGAGGAUGAAGACACCAAAGUGCGGAAGCAGGAAAUUAUAAAAGUGACAGAGCAGCUGAUCGAAGCCAUAAGCAAUGGAGACUUUGAGUCUUACACGAAGAUGUGUGACCCUGGAAUGACGGCUUUUGAACCUGAGGCCCUGGGGAACCUGGUGGAGGGCCUGGACUUCCAUCGAUUCUAUUUUGAAAACCUGUGGUCACGGAACAGCAAGCCGGUGCACACCACCAUCCUGAAUCCCCACAUCCACCUGAUGGGUGACGAGUCGGCCUGCAUCGCCUAUAUCCGCAUCACACAGUACCUGGACGCGGGGGGCAUCCCGCGCACCGCCCAGUCGGAGGAGACCCGCGUGUGGCACCGCCGUGAUGGCAAGUGGCAGAUCGUCCACUUCCACAGAUCAGGAGCACCAUCCGUGCUGCCUCAUUGAGGAUCAGGCUGGGGCGCAGGACCACAGAGAUCUGCUUCCUGGUCCAUACACACUGACUGUUGGCUUCUCCUGCUUGGAUUUUGCUGGAAUCCCCCACCCCAUCUCCUCACCACCACCAACUCUUUCUACCCAGACCUCGGGAAAACUCACCAGAUGGCAGAUCUCACUCUUUCCUUGGCCAGGCCAGUGCGGGGCUCUCUAGGCUGGGGCCCUGGGAACUGGUCCUGCAGAGACCCUACACUGGCUGCUGACUUGCUGUUGCUUGGCCAGAGGCCAGAGUACCCCAACUGUGUACUCCUCUGGGGCCAGGGAGAGGAAGGGGCAGAGUUGGAACGUGAGGAAUCCAUCUGCUCAUUCCUCUCCCUUGGGAUGGGGAAAGUAGUCCCUCAGCCGCCUGCCCCUCAGUGCAACCAGACAAUUCUGCCCUCCCCAGGGGUCCGGCGGGCUCUCUCCCUCAGUGUGGGCCCACAGCCUCCCAGGGUGUCCCCACUUUCUCCUCCCUCCCCCUGCCCACUUGCCCUUUGAUUACUAAUCACCCAUUCCAACUGCCUCAUCCUUGGCUUGGAGAAUUCCAGCUUCAUCUGAGGGAGAGAACCAGAUCGUGCUCUGGGGGGGCAAAGAAAGCACUGUCAGGUCCCUUUCCACUUGGCCCGCAUGCCUUUUUCUAGCCAAACUUUCGUGUUUUGUAAACGGGUUUCGAGUUCCUGGUAUGUGUCAUCUCUAGGGCUCUCCCACGACUGUGCAAGGACUGGGCUGGGGUGGGCUGGGGUGGUAGAGGGUGCAGGCAGAUUUUUCUGUUCUAGGUCUUCCUUCAGUCAUCUCAGACAGGGACUGGCUCCUGAGUUCCUGGGACUCAAGGACUUAGCCCCUGGGACUGGGCUUUCCUGAAUUUGGGUUCCUGAGCUCUCAGAGUUUGGGGAGGAGUGGGGUGUGCUGGAAAACUGCUGGAGCAGGUGGGGGAGGCAUGGCGGAGGCUCAGCUGUACUUUUCCUCGCUGACCUCCCAAACUGGGGUCCUCCCUCCACGUCUCUCAUGGCUUUACCCCCCCACAGCUCCGUGUGCCCCAUACCCUGACCUGUGGGGUCACUAGCAUGUGCCCUCACUGCUGCUCCCUGGGCACCUCAGGCUCGCAGCUCCACACAUCACGAGGCAGACAUGCCGUGGAUGCCAUGUCCCUGUGUCCAGCUCAGGCUGCACAGCUCUGAACCCCAACCCUCUCCAUCCCCGGGCCUGACUGGGAUGUGAAUGCCAUAGCACACCCACUAGGAGCUACUAUCUGCACUGUUUUCUUUGCAUGACUUUAUAUGCAGUAUGUAUGUUAAAAAAAAAGAAGAAAAACACUCAGAAAAAACAAUCUACAUGUUUUGGACAAAAAAAAAUAUAUUAGAGGUCGUGCUCUCAGUGUCCAUCUCGGACCCCGGCUGCCACCUCCUGUAACAUUUCUGGCCUCUGUGUGGCCAUGUUUGCCAGCAUGAGGUACUAUCCACUGCAGGAUUUCUGGUGAGCAGGAGUCAUAUCCCUAGAGAUUCAGAGGAAGUCCUGGAUCUCCCAAACCUGUGCAGAGUCCUGGGUUUUGGAAGCUGUGGGUGUGGAACUUCCUGUUCUCCUCAGCAGCUACAUAUUGAUCCCUGGGCUCCUCCGCUCUGCCCUGGCACACGGGCAGACCGAGUGCAGCCAAAGUAGAGGCCGCCAUACCUCCUGGUUUCAGGUCAGCCUCUCAUGGGCUGGGUCCUUCCCAGAAGCCCAGGAGCCAUGCCCAGGGUGCAGUGGGCACCAGUAAGGCCCAGGGACCUCUGUGUGCCAGCAGCAAACUGCCACCUCCCUGUGAACUGCCUUUUCCCCACUGUUCUCCCUAAGCCAAGGGGCAAGUGCCACCUGAGACCUCUUCAGCCUCAAUUUCCCCAUCAGUUCAGUUAUUGCUCCUGCCUGGCUGUGUCGCAGGACCGAUGGGGAAUGGUGAGAGGAAGGCUUAUGGCUGUGAGAGGCACGGUGGCGCCUCAUUGGACUAGGCACUGGACUCUUGUUCCUUCUGGGCCUAGUCAGCCCCUCAUUCCCCCUUGUGGUGCCUGUCAACUGCAUAUCAGCAGUGACUGGGGGAAAGAGCAUGGCUUGGAAGUUAGGAUCCCAUUCCCAGCUCUCACUAGACCUGCUGUGUGACUCUGGGCAAAUCCUUUUCCGUUUCUGGCCCUCAGUUUCUCAAUCAGAGGAAAUUGAACUUAAGGACCCCACAGACCUGUCUCACCUUUGCUGACAUGCCUCCUGCCUCACUCUGUCCCUCUCCAAGCCAGAGAAGUAGUAGCAGGUCCCUUUCCCAGGCUGAGAUGGCCCCACUGUGAAGGCCACGCCUGGAGGUGGCAGUCAGCCAGUGUAGCCCACAGGCACUGGGCAACCAUGAGGCAGUAAAUAGAGACACAAGACAGUCAAACAAAACAUAAGAUAGCCAAACUCCGCUCCCUCCGACACCUCCUGCAGAUGCAAAAAAUAAUAAUAAUAAAAUAAUAAAAAAAUCCAAACCUAAGAUGAAAGCUAGGCCCCAGCUUGCAAACAUGUUUACCGGAAAGUGUCGAAUGGGCUUUGUGCCCACCAAGGCCUGAAUCCUAAGUGGCCCAUGGCCUCCUGCCUCCCUGUAAAGGGAGACUCUUUGGGGGGAAUUCAUAUGCCAGACUCCCCAUGCUGGUUCUCUGUUACUAUUUGUUUAGAGUUUUGUUUCUUUUUUUUUUUUUCCCCUUUCUAAAAACUAUGUGGCUGUGAAUUUGAAUGACCACUGCUCAAACUUUCUGCUACUGGGGGGAGGGGGAAAGGGACGUCUGUUUUAUUCUUAGUGUUUUCAGUGCAAUAAAUAGCUACAAACAUC